UCUUCCUGGUUUAGGUGUUUGCAAAGCUUUCGUGUGGUGCGCUAAGGCUGUUUGAUCAAGAUGUUCGUCUACACGAUCGCGUUGGUGGCGGUCGCCAUAUUCUGUGCACUAAAGUACAUCUACUCGUACUGGGAUCGCCAUGGUAUCGCCAGCAUCAAACCACAGAUCCCGUUCGGCAAUCUACAGACGGUGGUGGAGAGGAAGGAGGCGUUCGGUGUCGCCGUCAACAAUCUGUAUCACCGUGCACAGGAUCGUCUGGUCGGUGUGUAUAUGUUCUACCGGCCGGCCCUGCUGAUCCGUGAUCCGCACCUCGCGAAGAGGAUCAUGGUGAACGACUUCGCUUAUUUCUACGACCGUGGAAUUUACUGUAACGAACACCGAGAGCCGCUGUCGGCCCACCUGUUUGCGCUUCCCGGCCAGCAGUGGAAGAAUAUGCGCAGCAAGCUAACGCCAAUCUUCACGUCCGGGCAGUUGCGUAACAUGUUCCCAACGUUUCUGGAUGUGGGAAAGAAGCUGGACGAGUGUCUGCGGCCGCUCGCCGGAAGCAAGAAGAUCGUCGACGUGCGCGACAUCUCGUCCCGGUACGUACUGGAUGUGAUUGCGUCCAUAUUUUUCGGGCUCGAGACCAACUGUCUCGGCAAUCCCGACGACAAGUUCCGUGAGGCCCUGAUCGAAUUCAAUUCGGGCACUUUCUUGCAAAACAUCCGCACCGCGGGAAUGGGCGUCUGUCCCGGUCUGUUGAAGUGGACCGGAAUUAACGCUUUGCCCCCGAUCAUGUCCAAGUUCGUGAUGGAUGUGAUCACGGAGCAGAUCGCCUAUCGGGAGAUGAAUCAUACUUCGAGGAAGGAUUUCAUCCAGCUGCUCAUUGAUCUUCGGCGAGAGGAGGGCAAGAAUUCGGAAGACUCUCUGACGAUAGAGCAGUGUGCGGCCAACGUGUUUCUGUUCUACGUGGCCGGAGCGGACACUUCCACCGCCGCCAUUUCCUACACACUCCACGAGCUGUCCUAUCAACCGGAAGCGCUGGCAAAGGUGCAGCGCGAGAUCGACGAUCUGUUGGAGGCUAGUCUCGGUGCCAUUACGUACGAGAACAUCCAAGAAAUGAAGUACCUGGAUCUGUGCGUAAAGGAAACACUCCGCAAGUACCCCGGGCUACCGAUACUGAAUCGAGAGUGUACGAUAGACUACCGAGUUCCCGACAGUGACAUUGUGAUUCGGAAAGGCACACAGGUACUUAUACCGCUCCUAUCCAUCAGUAUGGACGAGAAGUACUUCCCAGAUCCGCAGCUGUACUCUCCAGAGCGGUUCGAUGACGAGACAAAAAAUUACGAACCCGAUGCUUACUUCCCGUUCGGGGUGGGGCCGAAAAACUGCAUCGGUCUCCGUCAAGGCGUUUUGCUGACGAAAAUUGGGCUCAUUCUGAUGCUGUCAAAGUACAACUUCUACGCCACGAUUCCGCAGACGUUCACUUACGAAGCUGCCACCUUCAACUACGUACCGAAAGGAGGCAUUCCCAUGCGGAUCGAACUUCUGAUUAAGUUCGUGCUGGAAAUAAUCACGCCACAGAUCAAGCACCGGGAGAAGAAUAAGCGCAAUAGUGCAAUAUUCGAAAUGUUCAUCUACAGCCUCGCACUAGUAGCGGCCGUAAUUUUUGUAGGCCUGAAGUACAUCUACUCGUACUGGGACCGUCAUGGAAUCGCCAACAUCAAGCCACAUAUCCCGUUCGGAAAUCUAAAGACUGUGGCGGAGAAAAAGGAGUCGUUCGGCGUCGCCAUCAACAAUCUGUACCACCAGACGUCCGAUCGGUUCGUGGGCAUAUACUUGUUCUUUCGCCCUUCCCUACUGAUCCGUGAUCCGUAUCUCGCGAAGAAGAUUAUGGUGAACGAUUUCCAACACUUCCACGAUCGCGGCGUUUACUGCAAUGAACACGGUGACCCGUUCUCGGCGAACCUUUUCGCGCUAACCGGUCAGCGGUGGAAGAGCUUGCGCAGCAAGCUAACGCCGACCUUCACGUCUGGGCAGCUGCGCACCAUGAUGCCAACCUUCAUGGACGUAGGGCACUCGUUAGUUAACGAAUUGGACAGGCUGACGGAGCAACCAUCUGUGCAAGACAUGCGAAUGCUAGCGUCACGGUUUGUGAUCGACGUGAUUGCGUCCGUGUUUUUCGGGUUCGAGUCACACUGCAUUCAGAACCCCAAAGAUCCGUUCUUCGUAACACUAAACAGCCUCGUGCGCUCGGUCGGGUUCGUUAACAACAUCCGUUCGGCCAGCAUUUUCGUUUGUCCAAUGCUGCUGAAACUCACGCGUAUGUCUUCGCUGCCACCGCAUGUGAUCAAGUUCGUGCUGGAAAUAAUCUCGUCACAGAUCGAGCACCGGGAGAAGAAUAAUAUUACCCGCAAGGAUUUCAUACAGCUCUUGAUCGACCUCCGGCGUGAGGCGGGCGACAGAACAGAGGAGUCACUCACCAUCGAGCAGUGUGCCGCAAACGUGUUCUUGUUUUACGCGGCCGGAUCGGAAACGACGAGCGCGACGAUCAGCUUCACACUCCACGAGCUUAGCCAUCAGCCCGAAGCCAUGGCAAAGUUACGGAAAGAAGUAGACGAUAUGAUGGCCCGGCAUAAGGGUACGAUUACGUACGAGAACAUACAAGAAAUGAAGUACCUGGAUCUCUGCCUGAAGGAAACACUCCGCAAGUACCCGGGACUACCGAUUUUGAAUCGGAAGUGUACGAAAGACUACCGAAUUCCCGACAGCGAUGUUGUUAUUCAGAAGGGAACGCAACUCAUCAUAUCGCUGCUGUCGAUCAGCAGGGACGAGAAGUACUUCCCAGAUCCGGAGCUCUACUCACCGGAGCGAUUCGAAACGAACAACUACGAACCCGAUGCGUACUAUCCGUUUGGUGCCGGACCGCGCAUCUGUAUCGGCAUCCGACAAGGCGCGUUAGUGGCCAAAAUUGCACUCGUCCUGAUGCUCUCGAGGUUCAAUUUCAUCGCCACUAAGCCGAAACAGAUCGAAUUCGAACCGGCUACCGUACCAUUAGCCGCAAAAGGUGGCCUUCCCAUGAGAAUCGAACAGCCAUCGUUCCCGCAGGGGAAUCUACGUGGCAUCGGCAAGAAGUAUCACAUCUGCCAAGUGCUCCAGAACUGCUACAAACAGCUGAAAGGAUCGGGAAACCCGUUCGGUGGCUUCUACUUCUUCAUCAACCCGUCGGUACUCAUGCUGGAUUUGGAUCUGGUGAAGACCGUGCUGGUAAAGGACUUCGCAUACUUCCACGAUCGCAACGUGUACCACAAUGACCGCGAUGAUCCUCUCGCGGGCCAUCUAUUCGCCAUGGAGGGUGCCAAGUGGCGUAAUCUACGCGCCAAGCUAACGCCGACAUUCACCUCCGGGAAGAUGAAGAUGAUGUUCGCUACGGUGACGGCCGUUGCGGACCAGUUCACGCAUUGUCUAACGGAGGCAAUUGCUGGCAAUCCGGAGAUCGAAAUGAAGGAUCUGCUGGCGCGGUUCACGACCGACGUGAUCGGUACGGUUGCGUUCGGACUCGAGUGCAAUAGCUUGAAAGAUCCGCAGGCCAAGUUCCGCGUCAUGGGGCGCAAAGUGUUCCAGCCGUCUACGUAUCGUGUGAUGAAGACUUUCUUAGCCAACCAGUUCCAGGACCUGGCGAAGCUGCUGCGCGUAACGCAAACGCCACCGGACCUAUCCGAGUUCACAACGAUGUCCUUCUGUCUGUACGAAUUGGCGUUACACCAGGAACUGCAGGAUCGAGCACGCCAGGAAGUAACCACCGUUCUGAAGAAUCAUGGCAAUUCCAUCACCUACGAGGCAGUGCACGAGAUGAAGUACAUUGAGAUGUGCAUUAACGAAUCACUGCGAAAGUAUCCACCGGCGACCACUUUGACCAGGAAGGUUACCAAGGACUACCGAGUUCCGUUCGAGUGCAGUUCUCCGGUGCUGACCAAGGGCCUGAACGUGCUGGUUCCGGUGUACGCCAUUCACCAUGAUUCUGAGUACUAUCCCGAACCGGAGCGCUUCGAUCCGGAGCGGUUUUCGUCGGAAGAAUGUGCCAAACGCCAUCCGUUCGCUUUUCUGCCUUUCGGUGAAGGACCGCGCAUUUGCAUCGGUAUGCGCUUCGGGAUGAUGCAGGCCAGGAUUGGAUUGGUGUACCUGUUGAAGCACUUCCGCUUUUCGCUAGUUUCGCACAAGAUGCGUGUGCCGCUGAAGAUCAACCCGUCCAGCCUCAUCCUGUCCAUCGAAGGUGGACUGUGGCUGAAUGUCGAAAAGUUGUGA